AUGGCUAUACCAGCAGCUACCAGCCUUCGGGACCCGUCGAUAAUCGCCGCUCCAGUGUUCACGGUUACCAACAGGGUCAGCCGCAAAGCAGAGGUUUCAGUCCUUACAAUCAUGGCAGGGGUGCUUCCUGGAGCCGGGACGGUACAGCUCGGCGAGGAUCGAAGAUAUCGAAUCACGGCCAAGCUCCUCAAGGCCAACCAGAACUCGCACACGACCCUCUACCAGUACGACAUAUCAAUCAUCCAAGUGGACAGAGACGGUAAGCCUGUGAACAAGGAGGGCGGCGGGAAGGGCAAACAAGAAAGCACCCAGCAACCUUCGACCACGAAUAGCCAGGGAAAGAAGAAGCGAUCUGGGAUUCCUGGCCUGAAGAAGAGGAGAUUGAUUGCUCUGGCGCUGCAGGAAUUUCAACAGCCCCAAUACUUUGAUCCAGAGGUCCCAAUCGCGACGGAUUACCACCAGAAACUCAUCGCUGGGGCCAAGUUGAGCUUUGAUGACGAGGCCACAAAGCACAGAGUAUACAUCGACGAGGGGAUCGGUAGCCGAUGCACCAUCCACGUUGAUUACUAUGAUGAAUUCUGCUCCCGUGCAGACAGCCAGGAACGAUACGCCGUGACUGUCUCUGGACCCGUCGAGCUUCCUUUGGAACCCUUCCUCCGCCAUCUCCAGGCGGCUCCGCCCGCGACCGACGCGACAGCAGAGGCCCUUCAGGAGCCUGUCCUCGAUGCCCUCAACGUCAUCUUCAGCUACCGUCCCUUCCAGCAAUGUUUCAGGGCUGGUCAGGAUGAAUUGCCUAACAUGGCCACGACCAAUGGCAAGAAGUUUUUCGGAGUUCCAAACAAGCCUCGUCCUGGUACCAUGACAUCCACGGGAGCGACGCUCGCAGACGGGAGUAGCGGUAUCGGUGGUGGUGGCCAGGACAGUGUUCCUGGUUUUGCCAGAAGUGUGCGGGCAGUGCGCUCGAGGGCCAACAAUCUGCUGUUGAACGUCCACUCGAUGACGUCUCUUUUGUACCACCUUACCCUUGUUCAGGACCUUAUCGAACUUUGGAUUGUCAAACAUGGACACCCAUGGACUCGGACCGACCUCGACGAGUUAGCCGAUUUCCUCACCAAUCUUUCUGUCAGGAGUCUACCGCAUGGAUCCUUCCAUAGAAUCACUAAACUGCCUCGGCACGAGAUAAAUGGCCGUCCCGUCCUUCCUACGGUCUGGAACACGGUGAUAAGGCCACAAGAUCGAGACAAUCCUGGCUCGAGCGUUGCAGAUUACUUCUCGCUGCAUCAUGGGGCCUCGUACCCGGACGACGGCAAAGAAACCUAUGUUGUCACUGUUGGAGAAGAUGCCGCUGCGCAAACCAUGCCAGCUGAUCGUCUGAUGGUGAUGCCAGGCCAGCGAUACACGAAUCCCAAAGAGCUUCCGUUCGGCGCCACACGACGUCCCAACGACAAUCGAGAUCGUGUCCUACAGACCGGCAGAGGCAUUUUCUUCGGCACCCACCCAGACGCAAAAGGUGCUGUCCAGUUUGAACUCGAUCUCGGAAGAGAGCUCUUGCCGGUCCCGUUCAUCCAGCUCGACUUACCAAGCGUACAGUAUCGCAACUCUGUCAAUCCGGACGUUCUCGUCAACCUCCCGCGGCAGCACGGACCUCGAGAUGGCAGAUGGGAUCUCCUAGGCCAGCACUCCAUACGCACGUCGCCUGAUGAGCAGCGGUGGACCUACCUCGAAAUCCAGGAGCACAGUGGCCGCACAUCCGAUCCAAGCCAAUGUCCGCGGUUUCGAGCAGGCCUCGAGAAUGCUCUUACCGAGACCGGAAUGUCCAAAUUUGUCUUCGUACCCUGGCCGAAUUACUCGCUGACUCUCCCAGACCUCAACCGCUUUGGAAAGGAGGAUCGCUUCGACAAGCUGUGUGAAAGCGUCAGGCAGAAAUUCAAGGAGUUCGAGGGCAAAGUCGAUAUCCUACUCGUCAUUCUGCCGAAUCAGAAGGUGGACAUCUACAGCGCCGUCAAGAUCGUGGGGGACCAGGUCCUGGGCAUACCGACGGUAUGCUCUAUCUUGAAGAAGGGCAAAUUCAAACCCAACGGUGCGCUCAAUAAGGAUUUCCCCGCCAAUUUGACCAUGAAGAUGAAUCUGAAGACGAGCACGACUGCCGUGAACCACCAACUCGCUGUUCGGCCACCGAUUCUGACGCCAAAGACCAUGAUCAUUGGCAUCGACGUCACGCACAAACCUGCGACGGCUCUCAAAGAUGCACCUAGCAUUGCCGCCGUGGUUGGCAGUGUUGAUGACCAGUUCGCCCAGUGGCCUGUGAGUCUGCGUCUCGAUCCUGUGCAGGACGUGGAGGAGAGUGAAGCUGGUCCGGCGAAUGAUGAGAAUCCAGGGAACGACAAGGCUGAGACGAGUAACACGUCCAAGCCAUCUGCCACGGCUAAGAGUGACGCCCCUAAAUCCAAGCCAGAUGAAACAACCAAAAUGGACGCCCCCAAAUCCAAGCUAGACAAGGAACAAGCGCGAGAGAAAGUCCUCGACCUCGAAGCCAUGGUGUUUGAACGACUCGUCGACUGCUGGGAACACAACCAAGCCAUGCCCGACCAGAUCAUCAUCUACCGGGACGGCCUCUCCGAGGGACAAUUCGAAAUGUGCAGGAACGAAGAACUUCCCAAGAUCAAGCGCGCCAUUGAAAGCCUGAAAUGCCACCGUCGCGAGGAACACGUCAACAAGAAUCGAGGAGACACCACUGCGGAGCUGCUCCAAGAUGAUGACAACGCCACCAUCGCAGUGAUCCUGAUCUGCGCGGUCAAGAGAAACCACACGCGUUUCUUCCCGGCCGAUAGCACCAUCAAGAACGACGACGUCUACUGUGGUGUUGAUAAUCACGGGAAUUACAACUUCAACCCCCGGCCCGACACGCUGAUUGAGCAGGGCGUGACGUACGGCGACGGCCAGGACUCUUUCCUCAUCAGCCAAAAAGGCCGUAAUUGGCACGGCCAGACCGACGCACUAGGUAAUCUUGGCCAAUGA